AUGGGUGCCAAUCAGUCUCAACCACGCACGAUAUCGCCAGAGCCUUAUGUGAGCCCUGAGGAGCGAGCGCAGGCUCAAGCAGAGAUGCGCGCAAAACAACAGGCCGCUUUGGAUAAGCGGUUUGCAGCCCAACAGAGGAAACCAUCACCGAUAUCGACAGUAGAUGCGCCACAGUCAACUAGCGGAUCCAAAAAGUUAAGUGCGCUCGAGAAAUUGAGCAAAGAGAACGUAGGAUGGCGGAAUGCAGACGCGAAUCAUGAGAUGAGAAGUUGGAACUGA